AUUUGACUAAACUAUCUCUAAUUAAAUAGGCAUUGGGAUUUGAUCAUAUAACAAUUAAUAGGGGCAAAUAUGGAAAAAUAAGGUUGAUUCUUUCUUGAUUUGCUAAGUGGAUUUUUUUUUUAUCCAAGAAAAAAAAGCUAAGUGGAUUCUUGUUUUGAUCCGGAGGGAGUGCCAUUUAGUUUCCUUUUUCAUCUUUUUGUCUUAUCUUUUGUGACACCUCAGAAAAAAGAAAUUUGAAAGAAAAAGAAAUAAGUGAAUUAAAAAAGAAGGAUUCAAAAUGCAAUCAGCUUGUAGUUUGUUUUAAAUUUAGUUUGGUCAUCACUUGUCAUGACAUUGAUUAAGAGUGUUAGGUUGCUUAAUCCAGUUUAUUUGGAAAUCAUUAAUUAACUUGAAUAUGCAAAAGCUUUUGAGUUAAAUGACUUAUAUUUGUAAGUUUUCAAAAUUCCUGAAUUAGGAGCUCAGUUGAUCAGGGAGACACUUGUUGAGACCACCUCUUUGAAUGGAGUUUAAUUUUCACUAGUCGUCUAAUUUCAAUCUUUGGGCUGUAGGUCCCAUGUUAUUAGUUUCCAACAAAUAAAAGAUACGUUGUGGGGUAAGGCAUAACUAUUUAAGCCAAGCAGGAGUAUGAGAGAUAUAACAAAACAAAAAAAAGUACCCGUCGCUAAACAAUUAACUCGUUAUCAAAAGAUGUCUUAUUUUUGUAUGAAGUACAAUGCUUACCUCAUAAACUAAUAUUCGAGAUUAGACUUAAGGGUGUGUCUGGUAUGGAGGAAAAUGUUCUUCAUGAUUUUUUUUUUUUUUUUUUUUUUUGUUUUAAAUAAGUGAUUUAUUUACUUAUUUUUGGUGUUUGGUAAAUAGGCCUCGGUAAUGAGUCGAGCCCCAGCCGAGUCCAAUCGAGCUUAACCGGACUUGAACUGAGUCGAAAUUGACUCCUUAAUGUUUGCUUUUGCGUAGCACUAUGUUAUUAGAAAAAUUAAAUUUAUAAUAAAUUGGUUGUUACGAAAAAUGUAAGGAUUAAUAGUUUAAACUCAAUUGUGAUUCAAUUAUAUACAUUAGAAUUCUAAAUUAGAACUCCAAUUCAAAUGAUGUUAACUUAACAUUGAACAUAUAACACAACUGAUGGGAUAUGGGGUGGCCAUCAUGAAAUUGGAGGCUUCGUUCCGAACUUCAAGAUCCACACUAUGCUUAUGUGGAUAUUUAAAGAAUGGAAAACAAAGCCCAAGACUAUUAGGACCCCAAAAGAAGAAAGAAGACCCAUGUUUUUAGUCUUAAAUUGAAGGCCCAUAAGGUAAAAGGUAUUUUAGUAUUUUUGCUUGGAUAAUAAAUCCUAAUACAAAUAGGCUAUUAUGUCUUCCUUUUGGAAGAUAGAUUAUGUUGGAUUAUGAGUGUAGAUUACUCUUUUGAGAGUUGGUGAUUGUCUCAUACCUCCUCUUGAACCUCUCUUGAAUUACUACGAAUAGAUAAUUCAUGUGUUCAUCUCUUCUUCCUUUGGAUUGUAUUUCGUAUUUGAAUGUUAAUCUAAUUAGUUCCUAGAUUCUUUUCAUUGUUUCUUUGGGUUAAUUGAUUGCAUUUCAAUUCUAGAUUUAUCCUUUCUUUCUUCUUAUCCUAGAUUCAAGAUUAUUGGUUGUUGUCACGCCCCAAACCUAGGGAGGCGUGGCCGACACUUAGUGCCUUACAUGACCACGAGCAUACCAUCUGUAGCUUACGAACUCUGAACAUACGUAUGACCCCGAGCAUACCAUCUGUAACUUACGAACUCUGAACAUACGUACAAUAAUCUAGGCCGGCAAGGCCGACAUAUGUCUCUGCAAUAGCAAAACCCAAAGCAAGAUAUAAACAAGGGCCGACAAGGCCACCAUACUAUUAUACUGAAUAUACAGGACACGUUUACAAACCUCUAAAAAGAUCAAACUAUACUGUGGUCGGGACAGGGCCCCGACCUACCCAUCAUCUCUAUAUACACAAAAUAAUACCAACUCUGGACCUGGUAACUUCGGAUGAAGUGGAGCUUACCAAUCAAGUUGAUACUUUGUACUGUCUACUGGGGGGAUCUCUCUGUCUGUCUAUCAGGACCUGCAGGCAUGAAAUAAAGCGCCCCCGUCAAAAGGGACGUCAGUACGAAAUAAUGUACCGAGCAUGUAAGGCAACUAAAUAAUUGAAAGCUGUAAUACUGAAAGUAAGCGAGGAGUCAAGGAUAAUCUGGGCAUAACUUACCUUUAUGUGACUCCUAUAACAUGUACAACACUAUAAAAGCAGUUGGCCUUAUCUAGAAGUGGCAUGUACAUAGCUAAAUUGUAAAACAGCCUUGAAGGCAAAUGUAAAUUACCCCGAAGGAAAACUGUAUCUCUGUACAUCCCCAAAGGAAAAUGUAUAUGAUGAUGAAUGCAUAGCCCUGAAGGCAAACUGUAUCUUUGUAUAGCCCCGAAGGCAAUGCGUAUAUAUGUAUAUCCCCGAAGACAAAUGCAUAGCCCCGAAGGCAAAUGUAUAUGAUGAUGAAUGUAUAGCCCCGAAGGAAAAUUGUAUCUUUGUAUAAACCCGAAGUCAAUACGCAUAUCUGUAUAGCACCGAAGGAAACUGUAUAUGAUGAUGAAUGCAUAGCCCCGAAGGAAAAUAUAUAUGAUGAUGAAUGCAUAUGUUAGAUCUCGGAUUGUUGCAUUGUGAGUAGACUAAUGCGAGCUUAAGGUGAAUAAGAAGUCCUUACGAGAUUAAGGAAAGUAUUAGAUAGCUUAAAGUGUGUACCAUAGGAUUUUGAAGUCAUAUGAAAAUGUGGAACUAAGUUCGUUGAAGGAAGUGAGAUGUAAGUCAUGUUUGGAAAAGUUUUCUCUAUAAUUGAGCUAAUAUUUAUUUAGUAAUGUCUUGAGGAGGGGCUAUGGGGCCUCUUGUAUGGUUAAUGAAGUGUUAUGCAAGUGCCAAGAAGGUUCCAUAAGGAUUGAGAGUCAAACGAAUUGAAAGGAGCAACUUAUCGGAAGAUGGCACUUUGACGGACAAUUUGACGGACAAUUUGACGGACUGUAUAACAUUUGACGACCCGUCAAAUGGUGGAGCACCACCGUAUAAUGGUCACAGUGAGCCAUGUUGGGCUGGCCACUUUGACGAUGCACUUUGACGGACCGUAGGAAUUUUGACGGUCCGUCAAAGUGGGUGUAGGAUUGCCCGACGGGAUUGUAAGUUACGCUUUAUAUAUUUCAUUUGAUAUCAUUUGGACAUUUCAUUUUCCCAAAUCAGAUCCUUGAGCUCUCCAAAACCCUUUUUUUAGGUCUAUAUGUUAUAUCCCGUGUUUUGUGCAUUCGAAAAAUUAGAAAUGAUUUUGACUUGACAAAAAUAAGGCUACGUUUUAUUUUAUCUAACAUAUGUGUGAUAUUCAUGAAAAAUAUUGAUGUGGAAAUACGGAGGAAGGAUAAGGGCAAAAUUGAAAUUUUAGAAAUUAGUUUCGUGAAUUACGAAAUAAGAUUUUAAUGAAUUGGGCUAAAAAAAAAAGAAGAGAAAAUAAGGCCCAAAGUAUAAGGGGUGGCCGGCCAAGCCUUGGCCCAAGCCCAUGGAAUUGGUCAUGUGACCAAUUAAUAUAAAAGAGAGGCUAAGCUUCAAGAAUAUUCAAGAAACAAAAAACAAAAACAAAUUGAAGAACAUCCAAAGGGGCCAUUCGGCUAAGCUACAAAAAGAAGAAGAGAAAAAUUCCAAGUUCAUCAACUUUGAUCCAAAAAUCUCUUUCUUCUUGAAUUCUUAUUAAGCUCAAGACGCUCUUCGACGUGGUAUAAUUAGUUAAGCGAGAAAACUCUGUUUGCGGGAAGUGGAAGUUGGAAGAAAAAAGUAAUAAUUUUAUUCUUUUAUGUUAUGAAAUAAGUGCAUAUGUUUUAGUGAUUAGAGUUGCAUGAAAAUUAUGGAAUUGUGGUGUGUGGAUGCAUGGCGUGUGUGUGUAUGAAGUGGGUACAUGGUCGUGAGCCAUGGUGAUGAAGGGGAGAGGUGAAUUUAAUUUUAUUUGGCUUGUUAGUUGUGUCGUUAUGACAUUUAUGACGUAAAUAAAGGUUUAACGAUUUAAGUCGGCAUUGGAAUUGGUAGUAUGUUGUUAUGGGGAAAUUAUAUGUUUUUAAUAUAGUUUUUAUGUAACUAUGGAAAUAGAGUUCUAAAAUGUGAAUUAUGAUUGUCAUUAAUGAACUUGGAAGAAAACAAUACAACUUUGUUGUUUUGUUGCGUUUGUAGAAGCUUCAGAUGGAAUAUGGAAUUGGCGGGAUUGUUUGAAUCCUUGAGUAUUAUUUGGAAUGUUAUUGGAUUAUGUUUGAAUAAUCUUGAAGUAGUAAAUAAUUGUGAGAAUAUUGACAUUGGGUUGGAAGUGUGAAGUUGGAAUGGGAGUUGUUGCACAAUGUAGAAAAGGAGAGCCUUUAUGUUAGAAUGUGUUUUAUUGUGAUUUUUGAUGUUGUUGGUAUUGUUGUGGGUGUUGUUGUUGAUGUUAUGGCCGAGUUAAUUCUCGGGGAUGUUGAAUUUAUAGGAGAAAUGCUGCCGAAAUUUCGGUAGACAAAUAUGGAUUUAUUUGAAUUCUUAAAAGCUUGAAAUUCACAUUUGGUAAUUGUGACCAAUUGUAGAUUUUGGAGCGAACGGGAUUUGAGUUUGGGCGAGCGUAAGAAGUGAAAAAGGUACAGAGGUUCGUGAUCUGUCAGUGUAGGCCACACAUCCUGUUGUUACAGAGUGCUCCUUUUGAUCCGGAGCCUAUAUAUUGGUGCACAGGGAGACAGGCUCGAUCCAUAGCUACAUUCUCAGAGACUACAUAGCAAAGCUCCAUUUCCUUCGGAGCCAUAGUGUUACACCUCAGAAGUUUUUCCGUACUUGUAUGAUGAGUGGAAUGAUGAAAAGUUGAGUGAAUGAUGUUUUGUUAAGUCGGGAAUGGCUAAUUAAGAAUUUUUGGAAAUAAGAAAGUCGCGGAAAAUUUUUCAGCCAGUGGUCGUAUAUGGCACUAUACGGCCCGUAAAGUGAUUUACGGACCGUAUAGUGCAAUCGUCCUCCAGCUUGUCAAAAAUCCCAACUUUCUGUAAAUGUUGAAUAUGGUUAAAUACGACCCAGUUUACGGCCCGUAAACUGGUUUACGGACCGUAAACCAGGUCGUAAACUACCAUGUCCAUCAGCCAAAACUUUCAGUCUUUGAAAUGGUUAAAUACGACCAUAGUGGACGGACCGUAAAUCAAAAUACGGUCCGUAUAUGGUGGUUUACGACCACUGUUCAUCCCGACAAGUUUUCAUUAAAGAUCAGAUUUUGAAUUAUUAAAAGAGAACUUAAGCCCAUUUCACGUCAUUUUUCAUCCAACACUUCAAGAAAACUAUAGAGUGUUGUUCAACACUUCAACUCUAAGAAUAGCAAGAAAAUCCAAGGAAACCUAAGAUUAUCAACACCAAAUUCAUGAGAAUAAGUGUAAGAACACAUCAAAGGAUCUUCUAAGUCAAGAAAUUCCGAAGAAGGUGGAACUAGGGUUUUGGCCAAUUGAAGUAUUUCAACUUAAGGAUUGUUCAACCAUCCUCCAAGGUAAGUUUCAUGAUUAUUCCAUAUUGUUUGAAAUAUUGGAAAGCUUAGACACUUGAAAUGUAGAAGAACAGAGAAAUGGGUCAUUAUUGAGUGAAUAGUGACAUAAAUGAAUGAUAGUGGAAUCGAACUAUGAAUAUUGAAGUUUUGUGAGUACUAAUACGUUAUAAAUGAUGUUUAUAUCAUGAAACAAACAUUAAAUGCAUGACAACGCAAGGAUGAGCUAGAAGUAGGAAUAAGGGAAAAUUGGAGGAAAAUGGUGGAUUUUGCCAAACGCACGUAAAUGACGAUUGUCGAUUAUGAUAUUGUGAAUAAUAUUAUGAAUAUUGGGAGUUGAUAUAGAACGUGAGAAAAGUAGCAUGAGCGAAGGAAGCGUUGUCCGACUUCUCCUAGAAUUACCGACACGUUCUUAUAGUCAGUUACUAAUGUUGAUACGAAUUCUCGUAUGAAGGUAACGACGUGAUAUCGACGGAGAACAAGUGAGCGAUAUCUUAGCUAAACGACCAAGGUAUGUGAGGCUAGUCCUUCUUUCUAAAGGCAUGAAUCUUUUAACUUGAAUCCCUAUUUCUUUCGUGAGUUCUUACAUUCUAAGAAGUUAAAAGCAUAUACUUAUGAAUGUCUAUAUGAGAUAAGUUAUACGAUAUGAUGACACUAGAAUGAUGAUGAUGUUAUUCCUUGCCUACACUCACCUUAUGUACUAGUCCUUUCAAGGUGAGGCAGAAUGUCCAUGACGGUUCCAUAAUGUAAUCGGGGGAUCACGACCUUACGUCACCCCGAUAGAGUAAAGUUGAUCAUGAGUCAAAUAUACGCAUUAUGAUAAGAUAAGUAUUUUAUGAUAAGCAUAUUACUAUGAGCAUUUACAUUGAGCAUGUCAUGAGCAUUUCACACCGGGCCUAGUUGGCCGGGCAGACACCGCUUCGACGGGCGGCGAUACGGAUACACCGCGACCUACGGGCGUGGGCAGACACCACUAGUGGGCGGCAUGAGAUGGUACCCCGGACGCGGGAGGCCUGGACGCGGGCUAAUAUUAUUGAUUAUCACACCGUUCCGACAUGGACGGGCAGCUUGCAUAUGAUGCAUACAUGUUAUGAUGAUGAGUAAGACAUCAUGCAUUACUUCAUGUAUGAUUAUCAGUCAGAUACAGUUGUCUCAUAUUGAUGUUAUCCUCAUAUUACUGAUGUUUCCUUUCAUUAUGUACGCCUCUCAUACUCGGUACAAUAUUCGUACUGACGUCCUUUCUUCGGACGCUGUGUUCAUGCCCACAGGUAGACAGGGAGGAGAGCUUGGCCCAGGUCCUCAGUAGCUGUCAGCUGUUAGAUAGCACUCCAUUGUUCGGAGGUGCUUAUGGCUAUUCUUUUGAUGUACAUUCAUAUAUGCAUAGUUUGGGCAUGACGGAGUCUUGUUCCAUCCAUGUAUUCAUUAUGUUAGUAGAGGCUCGUAGAUAUGCAGUGUGGGUUAGAUGGUCUCACAAGAGGUUUUCAUAUGUAUGUAUAUUAUUUUGAUGGCCGAGAGGCAAAUGUAUAUAAAGUAUUUAUGUUUCGAUUAAAUAUGAUUUUUCCUACAAUUGGUAUGAAAAUUGAUAAAAGAGUAUUAAAUGAGCAAGAUAAGUAGUAGAGUGAGCGGUGCUCGGUAACUAGCUCCGGGUACCCGUCGUGGCCCCUAGCUGGGUCGUUACAGAAGUGGUAUCAGAGCAGUUCGCCCUAGGAAAUGUCUAUGAGCCGUGUCUAGUAGAGUCGUGUUUAUGGUGUGUUGCGCGCCACGCUAAUAAACAAGAGGCUACAGGGCAUUUAGGAAAAUGACCAUCUUUCUUCUCAUGAGAUCGUGCGAUAUAGCCAUGUCUAGGAUUAUAUCAUUCCUAAAAGUGCGUUAUGGUUUCAGAAAAUGCCGCCGAAAGGAAAAGCUACAGCUGCCCAGAAAGGUAAAGCUUCGACAAAGAGGCAGGCGGAAAGAGAGCCUCCGACAAAUGUAGAGGAAAGUGAAUCGCAAAGUGAGACCGUGCCCAAUGUAGAAGAGCAGGGAGGAGCCUCAGCUCCGAUUCCUCCACCGGGUGCUUCGGGUCAACAAGUGUCCGAGGCCAUACAUUUAUUGACGCAGUUGGUUGCCGCUCAGGCACAACGACAGAAUGCGGGCCCAAGUGAUCGUUCAGCUAGUACAAGAGCCCGUGAUUUCCUUACUCUAAAUCCUCGAGAAUUUUUCGGGUCGAAGCCGGGUGAGGACCCACAAGGUUUUAUCGAUGAAAUGUUGAGGACGCUAACACUUAUGCAUGCUUCUGAGACUGAAUCUGUAGAGUUGGCCUCAUAUAGACUUCGCGACGUGGCGGUACUAUGGUAUAAGAAUUGGGUGAUAACAAGAGGGGAGAAUGCACCACCUCCCGUGUGGCAAGAGUUUGUAGAUGCCUUUAUUCGUCACUACUUGCCACCUGAAGUCCGCCGAGCUCGAGCGGACAGGUUCUUGAAUUUGAAACAAGGAAGCAUGAGUGCCCGAAAGUAUAGUAUGCAAUUCAACUCAUUGGCCCGGUAUGCUCCGACUAUGGUGGCUGACAUGGGGGACCGAGUCUAUAGAUUUGUGAGUGGUUUAGGACCACACUUGUUCAGAGAUUGCCUGACAGCCUCUUUGCAAGACGGGAUGGAUAUUUCCCGGAUACAGGCCCAUGCUCAGAACCUCGAGGAACGACAACGACAGCAGAGAAGUGAUCGUGAGGGUGACAGAAGACAAGGUAAGAGGGCUAGAUCUAUGGGGGAGAGCAGUGAGUACCGAGGGGGACCGAGGCAGACAUAUUCUAGGUGCUCAGGUCAGUCAUUGACUAGUGCACCUCCUAGAUUCUCAGAUAGGAGGGUUGACCGUUCUUUUCAGUCAGGCCAGGGGCAGAGUUCGAGGGCCUUAGAUUCGCAGUCUAGGGGAGACUUUAGCCAGAGGAGACCUCUAGUACCGCAGUGUAGCCAGUGUGGCAAACUACAUUCCGGACAGUGUCGUCAGGGUUCGGAUGCUUGUUAUGCUUGCGGGCAAGUUGGUCACAUGAUGAGAGAUUUCCCCUCAGCGAGAGAUAGAGCUGGGACUCAGCCUACAGGUUCAGCAGCGGGUUCUUUUUCAGCACGCCCGACAGCACAGACUCCUCAGACUACAGCAGGUAGGGGCAGAGGUAGAGGGGGAGCAUCUACUUCAGGUGCUGUACAGCCCCGUGUGUAUGCUUUAGCUGGGCGACAAGAUCUUGAGUCUUCCCAGAUGUUGUCACAGGUACCUUGACAAUAUUUUUCCGUGACGUAUAUGCUCUGAUUGAUCCAGGUUCUACCUUCUCAUAUAUUACUCCGUAUAUCGCUGAUUAUGUUGGGGUAAGACUUGAGCCAAUUAAACCUUUCGAGGUAUUCACUCCGGUUGGUGAUCCUGUAAUAGCGAGGCGAGUAUAUCAGAACUGUUUAGUCAUUAUAGGUGAUCGUCAGACAAGGGCUGAUCUAAUUGAACUUGAGAUGAUAGAUUUUGACGUAAUUAUGGGUAUGGACUGGUUGGCAUCAUGCUAUGCUAAUGUUUGUUGCCGGACAAAGGUAGUUCGAUUCCAAUUUCCGGGAGAGCCCAUACUCAAGUGGAAGGGUAAUACCGUUUCCUCAAAGGGUAGGUUUGUUUCCUACCUUAAGGCGAGAAAGAUGAUAGCCAAGGGUUAUAUUUGUCAUCUAGUUCGGGUUCAUGACACGGAAGCGGAAGUGCCAACUUUCCAGUCUGUCCCAGUAGUGAAUGAAUUCCCAGAUGUGUUUCCCGAUGAGUUACCAGGCCUUCCUCCAGAAAGGGAGAUCGACUUUGCUAUUGAUGUACUACCAGACACCGAGCCUAUUUCUAUUCCUCCAUAUCGAAUGGCUCCAGCAGAACUGAAAGAGCUGAAAGCACAGCUAAAAGAUUUACUUGAGAAGGAGUUUAUAAGGCCUAGUUCCUCGCCAUGGGGAGCACCAGUCCUGUUCGUAAGGAAGAAAGACGGAUCUCUACGAAUGUGCAUCGACUACAGGCAGUUGAACAAGGUGACAAUAAAGAAUAAAUACCCUCUUCCUAGAAUUGACGACUUGUUCGAUCAAUUGCAAGGUGCUAAAUGGUUAUCCAAGAUAGAUCUGAGAUCGGGUUAUCAUCAGGUGAGAAUUAGGGAAGCAGAUAUUCCCAAGACAGCCUUCAGGACAAGAUAUGGUCACUACGAGUUUCGAGUAAUGUCGUUCGGGUUGACGAAUGCCCCGGCGGUGUUCAUGAAUUUAAUGAAUAAUGUGUUCAGGCCGUUUUUGGAUCUCUUUGUGAUAGUGUUCAUCGACGAUAUUUUGGUGUACUCUCGCACAGAGUCAGAACAUGCAGAUCAUCUAAGAAUUGUUCUUGGCGUUCUUCGAGAUCGGGAAUUGUAUGCAAAGUUUUCGAAGUGCGAGUUUUGGCUAAACUCAGUGGCAUUUCUAGGUCAUGUUAUUUCAGAUAAUGGUAUCCAAGUCGACACUCAGAAAAUAGAAGCUGUGAAGACUUGGCCAAGACCUACGACGCCUACAGAAGUUCGUAGUUUCCUUGGGUUAGCAGGAUACUAUAGAAGAUUUGUAGAGGGUUUCUCAUCUAUUUCAGCCCCAUUGACAAAGUUAACCCAGAAGUCAGCUAAAGUCCAGUGGAGUGAUGCCUGUGAGCGUAGCUUCCAAGAGCUGAAAAAUAGGUUGACCUCAGCGCCGGUGCUAACACUUCCAUAAGGAUCAGAUGGCUAUGUAGUGUAUUGUGACGCCUCCGGUGUGGGAUUAGGAUGUGUAUUGAUGCAGAAUGGGAAAGUUAUUGCAUAUGCUUCGAGACAGUUGCGAAAACAUGAACAGAAUUACCCCACUCAUGAUCUUGAUCUAGCUGCGGUCAUUCAUGCAUUGAAAAUAUGGAGACACUACUUAUAUGGUGUGCACGUGGACAUCUAUACGGAUCACAAAAGCCUUCAAUAUAUUUUCAAACAGAAGGAGUUGAACCUGCGGCAAAGGAGAUGGUUAGAAUUACUGAAGGAUUAUGAUGUGAACAUUCUAUAGCAAGUCUCGGCAUACGACCCAUUGAUUCAGGAGAUGCAGGUAUUAGCGUCAAUGACCCCACAGUUUCAUAAUUGAAUCUAGAAGUGAAGGAAUGGAAAUAUGAAGAUCGUCAGUUAAGCCACUAUCGAGAUCUAUCUCAGGAAAAGGAAGAGUCUCCAUUCGAAGUUUCCAUAGAAGGGGUUCUUAGAUAUCGAGGCCGGCUAUGUGUACUGAAUGUGGCAAACUUGCGCCAAUGGAUUUUAGAGGAAGCACAUUAUUCCCGGUAUUCUAUUCAUCCAGGUGAAACCAAGAUGUACCACGAUCUCAAAUUGGUAUACUGGUGGGAUGGCAUGAAGCGAGACAUAGCAGAAUUUGUAGCACAGUGUCCGAAUUGCCAGCAAGUGAAGACCGAGCAUCAAAAUCCAGGAGGGUUAUUGCAAGCAAUGGAAAUUCCUACGUGGAAAUGGGAAGAUAUUAACAUGGAUUUUGUGGUAGGAUUACCCCGUACGCGAGGGAAGUAUGAUUCUAUAUGGGUGAUCGUGGAUAGACUCACGAAAGCAGCUCAUUUUCUCCCCGUUAGAACCACAUAUUCAGCCGAGGAUUAUGCUAAAUUGUAUCUCAAGGAGAUUGUACGACUUCACGGUAUUCCUUUGGCCAUUAUCACAGACAGAGGGGCACAGUUCAAAGCCAAGUUCUGGAACUCCUUCCAAGAAGGUCUAGGUACCCAAGUUAAGCUCAGCACGACGUUCCAUCCGCAGACCGACGGACAAGCCGAAAGCACUAUUCAGACCUUAGAGGAUAUGCUACGGGCAUGUGUAUUGGACUUUGGCGGUAAUUGGGAUGAGCAUUUGCCUCUUAUUGAAUUUGCCUAUAAUAACAGCUAUCAUUCCAGCAUUCAAAUGGCCCCGUAUGAAGCCUUAUAUGGAAGAAAAUACAGAUCUCCAAUUGGAUGGUUUGAAACCGGAGAAGUACAAUUGAUAGGCCCCGACUUGAUCCAACAAGCAGUUGAAAAGGUUAAAGUGAUUCGAGACCGACUGUUAACAGCUCAAAGUCGCCAAAAGUCUUAUGCAGAUAAUCGCCGACGAGAUUUGGAAUUUCAAGUGGGCGAUUGGGUGUUCCUGAAGGUAUCGCCGAUGAAGGGAGUGAUGAGAUUUGGCAAGAAGGGAAAGCUGAGUCCCAGAUAUAUCGGACCCUACCAAAUCAUUCGCAAGGUAAGUCGAGUAGCCUAUAAAUUGGACUUGCCUUCAGAGCUCGAAUCCGUGCAUCCAGUAUUCCAUGUUUCGAUGCUCCGCAAGUGUAUUGGAGACCCAACAAGAAUAGUUCCGGUUGAUGAUGUGCAAGUAACAGAGAAGCUAACAUACGAGGAAAUGCCCAUUGCCAUUUUGGAUAGACAAGUACGAAGGCUUCGGAAUAAAGAGGUUGCUUCAGUCAAAGUUCUAUGGCGGAACAAUAAUCGGGAAGAAAUGACUUGGGAAGUGGAGGAGAAGAUGAAAUCUAUGUACCCCCAUUUGUUCCAAUCCCCAGAAGAGAUUCAAGAUGAGACGUCGAUGGUGUAAGGUAUGUAUGUUUUAGUUUUAUGUUUUUGGUCGUGUGUGGCCAUAAAUGUGUUGAUAUUGUGAUAUAGCCCUGUGAGGCGAAGAUGUUGUGGGUUGUUGUAAUGGAAAGGUAGUAUCCAAUUUAAAAAGGAAACUCUGGCAAAAUUUUUCCAGAAUCCCCGAGUGUCGAACAUUCGAGGACGAAUGUUCCAAAAGGGGGGAAUAAUGUUACACCUCGGAAGUUUCUCCGUACUUGUAUGAUGAGUGGAAUGAUGAAAAGUUGGGUGAAUGAUGUUUUGUUAAGUCGGGAAUGGCUAAUUAAGAAUUUUUGGAAAUAAGAAAGUCGCGGAAAUUUUUUCAGCCAGUGGUCGUAUAUGGCACUAUACGGCCCGUAAAGUGAUUUACGGACCGUAUAGUGCAAUCGUCCUCCAGCUUGUCAAAAAUCCCAACUUUCUGUAAAUGUUGAAUAUGGUUAAAUACGACCCAGUUUAUGGCCCGUAAACUGGUUUACGGACCGUAAACCAGGUCGUAAACUACCAUGUCCAUCAGCCAAAACUUUCUGUCUUUGAAAUGGUUAAAUAUGACCAUAGUGGACGGACCGUAAAUCAAAAUACUGUCCGUAUAUGGUGGUUUACGACCACUGUUCAUCCCGACAAGUUUUCAUUAAAGAUCAGAUUUUGAAUUAUUAAAAGGGAACUUAAGCCCAUUUCACAUCAUUUUUCAUCCAACACUUCAAGAAAACUCUAGAGUGUUGUUCAACACUUCAACUCUAAGAAUAGCAAGAAAAUCCAAGGAAACCUAAGAUUAUCAACACCAAAUUCAUGAGAAUAAGUGUAAGAACACAUCAAAGGAUCUUCUAAGUCAAGAAAUUCCGAAGAAGGUGGAACUAGGGUUUUGGCCAAUUGAAGUAUUUCAACUUAAGGAUUGUUCAACCAUCCUCCAAGGUAAGUUUCAUGAUUAUUCCAUAUUGUUUGAAAUAUUGGAAAGCUUAGACACUUGAAAUGUAAUAGAACAGAGAAAUGGGUCAUUAUUGAGUGAAUAGUGACAUAAAUGAAUGAUAGUGGAAUCGAACUAUGAAUAUUGAAGUUUUGUGAGUACUAAUACGUUAUAAAUGAUGUUUAUAUCAUGAAACAAACAGUAAAUGCAUGAAAACGCAAGGAUGAGCUAGAAGUAGGAAUAAGGGAAAAUUGGAGGAAAAUGGUGGAUUUUGCCAAACGCACGUAAAUGACGAUUGUCGAUUAUGAUAUUGCGAAUAAUAUUAUGAAUAUUGGGAGUUGAUAUAGAACGUGAGAAAAGUAGCAUGAGCGAAGGAAGCGUUGUCCGACUUCUCCUAGAAUUAGCGACACGUUCUUAUAGUCAGUUACUAAUGUUGAUAUGAAUUCUCUUAUGAAGGUAACGACGUGAUAUCGACGGAGAACAAGUGAGCGAUAUCUUAGCUAAACGACCAAGGUAUGUGAGGCUAGUCCUUCUUUCUAAAGGCAUGAAUCUUUUAACUUGAAUCCCUAUUUCUUUCGUGAGUUCUUACAUUCUAAGAAGUUAAAAGCUUAUACUUAUGAAUGUCUAUAUGAGAUAAGUUAUACGAUAUGAUGACACUAGAAUGAUGAUGAUGUUAUUCCUUGCCUACACUCACCUUAUGUACUAGUCCUUUCAAGGUGAGGCAGAAUGUCCAUGACGGUUCCAUAAUGUAAUCGGGGGAUCACGACCUUACGUCACCCCGAUAGAGUAAAGUUGACCAUGAGUCAAAUAUACGCAUUAUGAUAAGAUAAGUAUUUUAUGAUAAGCAUAUUACUAUGAGCAUUUACAUUGAGCAUGUCAUGAGCAUUUCACACCGGGCCUAGUUGGCCGGGCAGACACCGCUUCGGCGGGCGGCGAUACGGAUACACCAUGACCUACGGGCGUGGGCAGACACCACUAGUGGGCGGCAUGAGAUGGUACCCCGGACGCGGGAGGCCUGGAUGCGGGCUAAUAUUAUUGAUUAUCACACCGUUUCGACAUGGACGGGCAGCUUGGAUAUGAUGCAUACAUGUUAUGAUGAUGAGUAAGACAUCAUGCAUUACUUCAUGUAUGAUUAUCAGUUAGAUUCAGUUGUCUCAUAUUGAUGUUAUCCUCAUAUUACUGAUGUUUCCUUUCAUUAUGUACACCUCUUAUACUCGGUACAAUAAUCAUACUGACGUCCUUUCUUCGGACGCUGU